AUGCACCCCGCCCUCGUCAUCCUCGUCGCCGUCCUCUUUGUCCAGUCGAUUUCGGUGCUGGGCAAGGAAAGGCUACAGGAAGUCACCUACGCAAUCUACGUCCGUAUCCUUCAUCGCAGCACCCUCGCAGAGCAGCGCAGGCUGCGCACCGAAGUGUUCACCAACAAGCAGCAGCUCGCCAAGACGAGCAGCCAGGAUGAGUUUGCAAAGUGGGCCAAGCUUCGCCGCAAGGUCGACAAGGGCCUGCAGGACCUCGAAAAGACGAAUGGCACGCUGUCGAGCUCGCGCACCACCUUCUCGCUCCUCUUCAAGGCGCUCAUGUUCGGUCUCACCACCGUGCUCCCCUUCCUCGUGACGAGCUACUACAGCAAGACGCCCAUCUUCUGGAUCCCCCCGGCCGGUCUGUGGUUCGGACCGCUUGGAUGGUUUCUCAGCCUUCCUCGUGCCCCGGCCGGCUCCAUCAGCAGUACGAUGUGGCAAAUGGUCUGCACUCGGGCGCUCAUCUCGAUCCUCUCGUCGCUCAAGAGCCUCUUGCCUGUCAAGCAGGUCGAGCCCGUCAUCGUCACACCCGCGCAAGGCAGCGGACAGACAGGCGCCGCCGCAGCCGCGAAUGCCGAAAAGCCGACACCAUCGCCAUCGUCUGCGUCGCGAUCCGAGCCAACAUCGGCGGCAUCUCGGGACCAGGCACGACCUGGAGCAAGAAGGCGCGCGGCCCACGUCGACGAUGCUGCCAACGCAGAGCUCUGA